ACUAAAAUGAACAACGGCAGCAGAUUGUUAUCAAUUCUUCUGAAAGUUUCGGAGAAAGCAGCAAACAUUGCAAGAGCCUGUAGGCAGAAUGAUGCCCUUUUUAAGUUGCUCGUGCAAGAAAAAUCGGAGGAAGAGAAAAAUCCACGCUUCUUCCGAGAUUUCAAGACAUUGGCAGAUGUUCUUAUACAAGAAACAAUUAGACACGAUAUAGAAAUAGAGUUUCCAGAAUUGGCAAAGGUAGUACAAGGGGAAGAAAAUAACACAUUCAGCAAUGCCAUGGGUGAAUCCAUAGUGGUUGAAGUUUGCAGCACUAUCGAAGAAACAACUCGAUUAUUAGCCAAAGUGAUGGGCAGUGAUAUCGACACUGCAGAGUUAUUAGCUUCUGAAGUUCAUAAAGAUGUUCAAUUCUUGGAUGUUCCUGUGGUUGCGGAAUUACCUUUGGAUUUUGAUAUUGAUAUUUCUGAUCUUGGAAUAUGGAUAGAUCCAAUUGAUUCAACAGCAGAUUAUAUAAAUGGAGGUGAAAAGGUGAAUGGUGCAACUGGCAUACACUUGAGUGGUUUAAGGUGUGUUACGGUCUUAAUUGGAGCGUAUUUGAAGAGCACAGGCAUGCCGGUUUUAGGGGUAAUCAAUCAACCUUUUUACGAAAACGUGAAGUCAAUAUGGAAAGGAAACUGUUACUGGGGGUUUGUAGAGAAUGAUAUUAGAAAAAGUUCUAUAGACAAGGAACCUAAUGAUAAAAUGAUAGCUGUUAUUAGUAAAGUGGAAGAUGUUGGUAUAAAAUCUAAACUAUUAAUUGCUGGUUUUACAUUAAUAGAAGCUACAGGAGCUGGUUAUAAAAUAUUAUGCGUUGCUCUUGGACACGCUGAUGUUUACAUUUUAUCUAAAAAUUCCACAUACAAGUGGGAUACUUGCGGCCCCCAUGCUCUUUUACGUUCUCUAGAUGGGGGUAUCAUUGAGUUCCAAACAUUGAUAAAUAAUCCUGACUUAAACUAUGUAGAUAUAAAAUAUGUAUCUACAACCAAUAAUUUUUCGAAUAGCAAUGGCUUGAUAGCAUAUCGGAAGUUUGAAAUUUUGCAAACUUUAAAAUCUAUUUUAUGCAAAUAAUGCAUUUUUGACAAUACUAAUUAUAGUAUUAUUUUAUUUACUUACGUAUUUUACAUGUUGUGAUAAUAAUUGUAAGUGGAAUUUUAAAGUUUCUAAGAAGAGUUUAUUGUUGUAUUUAUUGUUACAUGCAGUUUUACUUUUCAUUGAUAUAGAUGGGAUUUUCUAUAGUAAAUACAAUUAAUGCCGGCGGAACAAAUUUUCGUUUUACGCGAAUGAAUGAAACACGCAUUUUAUUUUUUGCCGUGAUUGUAGAAAAUUGGUCCAGGUGUAAAUCUAAACGAGUGAGCAUGCGUUGAACACGUGAGAAUGUGUUUUCGCGAAUGCUUGCGUUUGAAAAAAAUUGUUUGUGUUUGUUACAAAAUGGUGACUUUAGUGAAUGUGUUGUGUGAACUUAGUCUACAGCGAUUGACUUUUUGGAUGAGUUGAAGAGCGAAGAGUGAGGUAUGUAUUGGUUCGUGAAUGGGUGGCCUCGACGCUACCUGGGGUAUUUGUUUUGGAUUAGGAAAGUUUCAGUGACAUAUGUGUUUGGGGGGAUUUUCUGGUGGUCCUCGAACGACAGCUGGUAGGUCCAAUAAAAUAAUUAAACCGGUCGUCAGCUAGACGCAAGUUCGAGUCAGUGAUGGAGAUUCGUGGGAAUUUUGGACAUGCGCAUUAGAAUUUUCUCUUGUGGGAUUCCUUUUUGCGCAUGCGUUAGCUUUCUACCAUAGAUGUAUCUUUAGUGCAAAAAGAGGUGCAUGUUGGAAAUUCCCAGGUUUUGUACAAAAUUAAACUUUCUACUUCAAAUGCUCGCCAAUCACACAAAAAUUAACUCAUCGAAGAUCCCCUACGUAUUUAUCUAGCUAUACUCAUGCAGAUUAAGAGGAAAUUUUUUGUUUUUGUCUCUUUCCCUGUAACUUCCUUAAAUUUUGUUCCUUAUUGGGAUCCAACGAUAACCUAAAUUCUAGUUAAGUAUAUACGGCAGUGAUCAUGCGCUCCAGUGCGCAUGACCAAAAUUCCCACGAAUGUCCAUCACUGGUUCGUGUUUGAAGUCAGAAAGAUUGACCGUUAAAUUCGCAAUGAUUUGGAUAUGGUUGGCGCACAAUCCGUACAAAGAAAGGACGUUACCGAACAAUUAUUUAAUCCUAAUAUUCAGAAAAUAAACAUUUUUUAACAUACUGUUAUAAUCGCAUUUGUUUCUGGGUUGGAUAACAUUGUAGAUAGUAUAAAAAAAGAUAUAAAAUUUGCUUCCAAUUACAUUUGACGAUACAUCAUACUUUUAUUUUAUUAGACGCAUAUAACGGUAUGUUUUAAAAAUUGAUUACAUAACACGGAAUUGAUUUUUUACGUAUGCUGUAUGUAAGAGUUAAUUAAGAACGAAUCAUUUCUCCAUGAUAUGUAAACGUGUCGAAUUUAACUUCGAUUUAUUUGUCAAGUCUCUAUGAACGUAGAACUGCAGAGGGUUAAUAUAAGUUAUGCUUUCAUUUGCAUUCUAAAUGUUGCAAAUAUUUUCAUGUGAUAAAAUAAUUCCAAAGUGUCGUAGCAAUUAAAACUUCUAAAUGAUAUUUUAUUGUGAUCUACAUUUUUAGCAGACUAUAUUAAAAUAGUAUGAAAAAUUAUAUGGAAAACCACGGAUAGUACUUAAGAUAAAACAAUUGUAUAUAUUAUUUUAUUGUGCGUUUUAAUGUCUGAGCUUUGUAAAAAUAAUUGUGUAUUCACAAUUGUUAAUAAAAAGUAAAUAUUAAUAAUAGUCACUUAAAACUAAGAG